UUGUGUGCAGGUGACCACGAUGGAGAAUACAGGACGACGCUCCCUCUCUCUCCUGCGCGCCCUGGUGGUGGUCCUCGCCGCUCAGCUGGCCACUGCGCAAGACCCCGCCUCCGCUCUGGCGCCCUCCGAGGUCAAGCGCGCCGACUGGUCCUCUAUGCGAGGGGCCUGGGGCAAACGGGGCGACCUAAACGAAGUGGAACUGGAGGACGCCGAUGAGAAACGCGCAGCCUGGGACAAAUUCCAAGGUUCUUGGGGCAAGAGGGGAGACGAGCUCGCUGAGGCCGACCUGCAGGAUGCAGGAGCCAAACGUGCUGACUGGAACAAAUUCCAAGGGUCUUGGGGAAAGCGCGGGGGAGAAGGACUGGAUCUCGAACUACAGGGUGCUGGGAAUAAGCGGGCUGACUGGAACAAAUUUCAAGGAUCUUGGGGCAAACGGGAAGAUGAUCUUUCCGAAACUGAGCUGGCGGAAGAAAAACGGGCCGACUGGAACAGAUUCCAGGGAUCUUGGGGCAAACGGGGAGGAUGGAGCCAACUUCAGGGAUCCUGGGGUAAACGUGAUAUGCCAGCCGCACUCCUUGAAGAGCUAGAAAAGCGAGCCGAUUGGUCCAGUCUCCAGAGGAUGAGAGCAAGACAAUAUCAACCCAUCUGGCCUAAUGAGGAAAUAUUAGGCCUACUUUGCAUACUUUAGCAGCUACUCAUCACCGUUACUAAUUCAACGGCAACUGCUCCGUCAUGUAUACACAUAUGCGUGAUUAGGUUCCCACGGAUUUACUCCCCUCCUCACACCUUCCCACCACGCACAUACUCUGCACACCAGUAAUUAAUUCUCUCACCUGCCCGAAGAGAUGAAUGUUUACAUUUGUCCUUUCGUGGAAGAGACGAAAAAACGUUUUUUUGUGUGAGUUUGUGUACAGAUGAGCUUAUAGUAGUAUAUAUAUAUAUAUAUA